AUGUCUUCCAAUAAUAAUACAAGUACGAUUGCCUCGAGUUCGGGUCCGCCUUCUCAGACUCAAGAAGCAGUGGCCUCGACGACAGCUGGACCUACGUCGUCGUCGGCUGAGCUCCCUUCGUCAAGUUCAAUUGCUAACAGCAGUCCUACCUCAGCCCCGUCUACUUCCCAAGAACCACCAACCUCUUCUACCCCCCAAACUACUCUCUCUACCUCCCCAAGUAACCCACCUCUCUCAACCCAAACACAACGAGAGACCACUACAAUACCCACGACCCAACCCCCACAGCAGCCUACAACUACAGGUCAGCCGCCAGCAACCACAAAUGAACCAACGACCAAUCCACCACAAACCACCGAAAGCCCGUCGGUCGUUGUUAGUACAAUCAUCCAGAGUUCGGAAGGUGCAUCUCCAAUUACAGUAAUCAUCACCUCGACCGCUCCGGGGUCCGCUCCUACAACCCAGCCUUCGAGUGGAACGGGUACAUCAUCUUCGCUAGGGGCUUCAGGAACUGCUGGGCUUCAAAAUGGAAAUAGAGGCGGUUCGAGUUCUGGACCAGGCAAAGCGGGUACUGUAGCAAUUGCUGUCGUGGUACCAAUUGUCGCGGUAACACUACUGGUUCUCGCUGCUCUGUUCUUCUGGAGAAAACGAAAGGCGCGUAAGGAUGCCGAGGAAAUGAGGAGAAAGGAAGUGGAGGAGUAUGGGUACAACCCCAACAACGACCCUACACUUCCUGCCGUUGGACGAGGCUCUGGAGGAAAUGAUGGUGCAUUCGAGAUGCGCGAAGAUGGCUCAUCUGGAUAUCGUGGAUGGGGAACUACCACAGCCGUUUCUUCCACGGGACGAAAAGCCUCUACGACAGUGUCCGGUGGACAAUCACCAAACGGGAUCGGUUUGGCUUACUCGGAAGGCACAUCUCCAACACAAGGACCCUUAUCUGACACUCGAUCCGACAAUGCGUUAAUGGGCGAUAAUGGCCACGAAAAUGAGGCGUUGGGUGCCAUGGGUCCAGCAGCAGGGGCCAACAGAGGCGAGAUUCACCGUGGACCAUCCAAUGCUUCAUCGCAAUACAGUGCUGCAGGUAGAUCAGAUGGAUCUGGUGAAGGCGGCUACAACGGAGGCCAAUAUUACAACAACCAAUACGAUGCUGGCAACCCUUACAAUGGGGACACAGCAUAUGGUAGUCCACCUGGGCGAGCAGAAAUGUCAGGUCAACCAGUCAUCCGCGAUGUUUCAGCCCGAAGGAACACACGUAUAGAAAAUCCCGCUCACUUCCCACAACAAAGUGCAGGCAUAGCACAAAACUUUUAA